AUGGUUGUUAAGAUGAGAAGCAAGAUUAAUUUACUUGUUGUUGGAUUGUCUCGUCAGCCAAGCAAGGAAGGAAAGGCAACAAUGUUUAUAGGGGAUAUGGACAUAGUAAGGAUAAUGAUCCAUGUACAACAAGUUGAGGAGGAUAAGCUGAAGGAUAGAGAAUGGUUUAAGAAUAAGAGGCCUAAGAUAUCAGGUACCAAGUUCAGGGAGCAAAAGAGUAGUAUGAAUUCUUCCUUCCAACAAAAACUAAAGGGACCUACUCCACAAUCUUCUAGUUCCCUUGCACUUAGAAACAAAGGUAUUUUUCGUAAGGUCUCUAGUGGUUGUUUCAAGUGUGUUGAGACUGGCAUUUCAUACAAGAGUGUCCAAAGAACAUGCAAGGAAAUGGUACUGGCGGAGGAACAAACCGCUUGUAUGUUAUCAAAAAUCCAGGAGCAAGAGGAUUCACCAGAUGUCGUCACUGGUAUGAUUCAAGUCUUUGACUUUACUGUUUAUGCUUUGCUAGACCCAGGGGCGAGUUUAUCUUAUGUAACUUCAUAUGUUGCUAUGAAUUUUUAUGUUAUUGUGGGGCAACAUAGUGAACCAUAA